GUCCCGUCAAGCUACUUGCGGAGAAUCAGGAGUUAAUUGUUCAUGAGGCACCGUCAAAAACUUUAAAAGGCUGGGAGAAUUUCACGAAUCGCGAUCUUAAGAUUCCCAAGCCGCACGAUUCAGCACGCUUUGAUAUAGGUGUUGUGGUAUCAUUUGGAUAUUUCUUAACGCCCAGGAUUCUUGAAUCUUUUACAAAAGGAGCUCUAAAUGUCCAUCCCUCGUUAUUACCAAAGCAUCGGGGUGCUUCUCCUAUCCAGUAUGCAAUAAUGAGUGGGGAUGAAGAAACCGGUGUCACAAUCCAAGAGCUUCAUCCUAAAAUUUUUGAUGCGGGUCGAAUCUUCAGGCAGAUAACUGUGCCACUCCCUCCACUUUCCACCUAUUUAUCGUUAGGACCAAUUCUUGCAGCCAAAGGUUCCGAAUUACUAGUCGAUACUCUCCGCUACUUUGAUUAUUACAAGGCGAAUUCUCAGGAACAGGAUGAAGCCAAAUCCACAAAGGCCCCAAAAAUUUCGAAAGACAUGGCUUUAAUUAAAUGGGAUCAAACCUCGGCAAAACAAUUGGAUAGAUUACAUCGUGCUAUCUCACAUCAGAAAUUCAUUCAAAGAUGCGCGGCCGAUUACAAAUUGGGAGCAUUGUAUGUACUGGAUUCAAUAUCACAGGCAGCACAAAGGCAAAAGACUUUGGUUUCGGAAAAAGAUGGUGAUGGUAUUUCUUCUUGGUCAGGUGCUGAAUAUCUGGAGAGGUUCGAGAAAAUAUUAGAAGAGAUGUUCUCGAACAUCAUGCAAUGUCCGGAUCAUGAUAAGGAGAAAGUGAAACGUGUACUUGACAUAUGGCUUAGCAAAGAUGAUAUUUAUGACAAGGAGAUGAUUCGCAAAAUAAAAGACACCUAUUUUUCCCAGAGAGAUGCAACCAAACCAUUAGAAAACAAUGUGUCAAUAUCGGUUCCCACUACAAGUGGACCGAUGGUCGGAGUGGUUCCUACACCAAUUAACCCCACAUCCACUGUAGAUCAAGCAACAUUAAAUCCGACAGCCUUGGAUUCUUCAGCAUUAUUAGCAACUUUGAAUGAUCUAACUCAAGGAACAUUAAAUAUACCCUCUUUCCUGUCGUCCAAUCCGAUAACUUCUGCCACAUCGCAACCUAUUAAUAAUGCUAUUGCCUUUAACAAUGUUACUGCUAAUCCGAUUCCGCAGCAGGUAUCGUUGUCUGCUGCAUCACAGUUUACAAACAUGAAUAUGUCCUCAUCGUCAUUGCCGUUGAAUACUGUGUCUCAGCCUCCAGUAUCUGCACCUGUGCCUGCGAGCAAUGGUUUUUUACAAACACCUCUGUCUUCUUCCAAUUACACGAAAGUUGUUACAAACAAUACUAACACCACCAAAGGCAAUGCGUCUGUAAAUGAUCCUCUUGAUUUUGAUUACGGGGACAUGGACGAAGACGAAGAUCCGGGCGCCACGUCAUCUGCCCCAAAUGGUGAAAUAAAUAAUGGCGCUGAGAAAAACCUGACGAGUGCCAUAAACGUGCAACCUGUAAAUGUAAGUCAACCAACCGCAUCCAUAACGCCGACCAUGACUCAAGAUCAAUACCAAAUAAUGAAUAAUCAAUUCGCACCACCGCAAGUUUCUCAAGGUGUUGCCACGGAUGCCAAUCAAUCGAUUCCACCAACGCCCGUGCCGCCCUCGCUAAUCCCUUCCGGCCAGCCACAAGCUCAACCAAAUCAAUCAAUGCCCCCUACUAGUGUUGCUCCCUUCAACUACCCGCCUCCAACCCAACCUUGGGUAGCACCUGCACAACAACCACCGCCAUCCAAUGUUCUACCUCCACCUCAAGGUCAAUUCCAAGCUCCUCCUCCAUUCCCCGUACCUCCAUGGAACGGACAACAAACAAUUCCGCAACCACCGUGGAACUCAAACAGCCCAUCUUUCCCGGUUCCUCCUACACCACGCCCCCAGCCCGGAUCAUUUCCGACACAAUUUCCCGGGCAACCUGGCCCUCAACAAGGAUUCCCGGCACCUCCUCCGGGACUUCCAAAUCAUCCUAUACAGCACCAAGGGCCUCCGGGCCCUCCGCCUCCUCUGCAAGGUCCCCCCGGUGCUCAAUCAAUGGGACACGUGAUGCAACAUCAUCAGGGUCCACCGGCCCCACAACCCCUUGUUCCACCGGGGCCAAAUCCUCCUCAAGGUCCGCCAGGUCAGUUAGAACCGCCACCAAUGUCCCAACCAGAGGUCAGCAUUGCAUACGAGGAUCAAAGUAUCGGAAGGGAUUAUAUAAAAGAAACUGAUCGCAAAUGGUUGCUUACAAGCAAAUGUGGCGGCACCAGUGGGAGACCUGUGAUUGGUGGAAUUGUGGUUGAGGAGCCGGACAUCGUGAUUGGCGAAGGAUUUUCCAGCGGCUCUAGCAACAAGAAACUGGGUUCCCAAUUCGAAAAUCCACGUGUUGAUAGGCGUAGCGGGCGUUCCAAUAGCAAGGACGUGAAGCAAUGGACGGAAAAAUCCAGUGAUGCUACAUACCAAGGGCAAUUUCAACUUUCUGAGAAAGAUUAUUUAUCGGAUCAGCAGCAACCUUACGUAGGUCAACCGCACGCAGGAUCGAAUGGUCAGGACAGCCGAUUACCAUUGCAACAAACACAAUCCGAUUUCAAUUCGACCUUACCGUCACAAGAUCAGCUAUUUCAACAGAGACAAGAGAAAUCUUCACCACAGCCAUUUCCUCACAAAAGAGAACAUUUUGGUCCUCAGAAAGAUGAACAUUAUCGUGAGAACAAAAGAUCAAGAUGGGACAAAUAG